GUGCCGGGCCGCUCCGCGGCGGCGAAGGAGAAGGCGGAGGAAGGCGGCGGGGGGCUGCGGGCUCCGGGCUCGCCUCUCGCCUCGCCGCGGCCGGCGCCGAGCCAUGCCGGGGGGCGGCGGGUGGGCCGGGGGCGAGCGGCAGCCUCGCCCCGCCGGGGGCCCGGCGGGCACCGACACUGCGCCGGCCGGGGGAUGAAGAUGAGACGCCAUAAGCUCUUUCUGACUCUCUGCAUGGCUGGUCUCUGCCUCAUCUCCUUCUUGCACUUCCUCAAGGCCCUUUCCUAUGUCACCUUCCCCAGGGAGCUGGCUUCGCUUAGUCCCAACCUCGUCUCCAGCUUCUUCUGGAACAAUGCCCCCGUCACACCUCAGGUCAGCCCUGAGCCAGGGGGUGCAGAGUUCCUCCGCACACCCUUGUACUCUCACUCCCCCUUGCUCCAGCCCCUGUCUCCCAGCAGAGCCAGCGAAGAGCUGCACAAAGUCGAGUUCGUGCUGCCAGAAGACACAACAGAAUACUUUGUCCGAACCAAAGCUGGUGGCGUUUGCUUUAAACCGGGCACCAAGGUGUUGGAGAAGCCACCCGUGGGAGGUCGGCCGGAGGAGCGAGUGGAGGGCGCGGCCUCGGGGCGGCCAGUUCGCAAGCCACUGAGCGCCAGCGCAGCCAAGCGGCGCAAGUGGGUGGAGUGUGUGUGCUUGCCGGGCUGGCACGGCCCCAGCUGCGGCGUCCCCACUGUGGUCCAGUACUCCAACCUGCCCACCAAGGACCGCCUCGUGCCACGGGAGAUCCCCCGGCGGGUCAUCAACGCUAUCAACGUCAACCACGAGUUUGACCUGCUGGAUGUCCGCUUCCACGAGCUGGGGGACGUGGUGGACGCUUUUGUGGUGUGCGAGUCAAACUUCACAGCCUAUGGAGAGCCGCGGCCCCUCAAGUUCCGCGAGAUGCUCCUCAAUGGCUCCUUCGACUACAUCCGCCACAAGGUGCUCUAUGUCUUUCUGGACCACUUUCCCCCCGGCGGCCGCCAGGAUGGCUGGAUUGCUGACGACUACCUACGUACCUUUCUCACCCGGGAUGGCGUCUCUCGCCUCCACAACCUGCGCCCGGACGACGUCUUCAUCAUUGAUGAUGCUGAUGAGAUCCCGGCCCGUGAUGGCGUUCUCUUCCUCAAGCUCUAUGAUGGCUGGACAGAGCCCUUCGCCUUCCACAUGCGCAAGUCACUCUAUGGCUUCUUCUGGAAGCAGCCAGGCACCUUGGAGGUGGUCUCAGGCUGCACCAUGGGGAUGCUCCAGGCUGUCUAUGCUACUGACGGGAUACGUUUGCGACGCCGUGAGUACUACACCAUGCCUGGUUUUCGGCAGUAUGAGAACAGCACGGGACAUAUCCUGGUGCAGUGGUCGCUCGGCAGCCCCCUCCACUUUGCUGGCUGGCACUGCUCCUGGUGUUUCACCCCCGAGGGUAUCUACUUCAAACUGGUGUCAGCCCAGAAUGGGGACUUCCCCCGCUGGGGUGACUAUGAGGAUAAACGAGACCUCAAUUAUAUCCGGGAGCUGAUCCGGACUGGUGGCUGGUUUGAUGGUACUACGCAGGAGUAUCCCCCUGCUGACCCCAAGGAGCAGAUGUACGCUCCCAAGUACCUGCUCAAGAACUACCAGCGGUUCCGCUACCUGUUGGAGAACCCCUACCAAAAAGCGGAGGGUGCUCGGUGAGGCCACGAGGCUCAGGCUCAUGUGGGAAAUCAGAACUUCACAACAGAGGGGAAAGAGUCAGGUGUUUUC